UCGUGCGGUAUGACGCUUCGUCUUCAUUCACGUGUUGCUAUGUGACGGAAUGGCCCGUACCGUUCCGAGGAUGCGAUUAUGAAGUCACCUUCAUCGUGGAGCUAGCUAGCUGGUAGAGUCGAGAGGAAGAGUUCGCGCUAAGGGUCGCGCUUCAACAACGUAACACAUAACGUAUCGUGUACUCUGGAGAAAUAGUGUUGUUCGACUGUGUGGUAGCGUACGUCUCCGUACACUAUCGAAGUCCAGCGUCCGCUAAUUACUUCUGUCCUAGUAGCUAUCACCGUGUCGAAGCUGAUCUAUUUGAUGUGAUCCUCGGCUUUUUUUUUUUUUUUCGGAAAGACGAACGCCGAGUGAGUGCGUAUGGUGCAGUGCGAGAGGAAGAAACGGAAUAAUAAUAACGACUGUUGGUCACAAGCGAUGUACCAAAUAGCCUAUUUCAUUUUCUAGCCAUCGGUCGAAUUAGAUUUAGAUACUGCUCAAUAAUUGUCUACUUGGGGAAUAACUUUUCGCAAAAACUCCUUCCAGCGAACCGCGGGCUCGUUGACGACGACGACGACUAUAGGCUGACAUUGUAUGUUCAGAGUGCAAAUGUGAUUCAUGAAGUGACUGACGAAAAGACGGACAAAUAGACAGACAUUUUCAUUGGAAAAAGAUAGUGUGUAUAAUGCAGAAAAAUCGUCAGCUUUCAAAAACGCACGCGGAUACAUCACUCGUAACGACCUCGACCAGCGCAGUAGCUAUGGUGCGAUUUACCGAAGCUGCUUGGCUUCUAUUGGCAACGUUGACAACAGGCUGUAAUGGCGAGUGCUACUUUCCAAUCGAUAUCCAGGGUACUUAUCUGCUGCAACAGUCCAACGUGCAAGGUGGCAUCAGCUAUUCGGAGGUGAUCAUCGAUUCAGACUCGAUCCCGCCAUGGGGGCAUUGUCAUAAGCGACGCGGUGGAUCAGGAGUCAUACUGCGUGAUCCGACGGGUAUUGAGGAUUGUAUGCGUUGCCUUCACUUGUCAGUGAAAAGUAACCAUGUGGUCCACAUUCAGGCCGAAGGCCUUGACAGGUGUUACACCACGGAAGAAGCAGCUCGUCUGCACUGUCCUGACGGAAACAAUCAAGGCAGCUUUGAACAUUAUAUUCUAUAUCGCAAAGAUCCUCCGCAGGGAGUUUUCUGCCCAUUUACUGGACGCUUUCGCGUUUCUUCGUACCAAAAGGAUGGCCAGGAAAGCCGUUGUCUUGCACCGCGCAGUCAGUUCUCUGAAGUAGCUAAUUGUCCACGAGGUGACAAACUUGCCGUAAAAUUCCGGAGCUGUUCGUUUCCUGAUCGAGACGAAGAUUUUGUCUGUCUCGGUGACUGGGAAGGCGCCAACAGUGACGAACGUUUCGUUGCUUUAAUGGAUACGAGCGGCGAUCCCAAACGAGCAAAAUACCGCUGCGGACUAUAUAGGCAAGACCCUGCCACUGGAAGAGUGUACAUGUCGCUAGCAGCCGAUUCUACGUGCCACGUCGUCUCUGCUCACAAUGGGUACGAAACGUUCAUGUUGGGCCCUAUCGAACCUGAGCCACUGCCACCGAUUGUCGAACGUGCCCAGUGUACCUUUCCAGAGUUUACUCAGGGUCCGUGGGGUGACCAGGUCAAUAUCGACGAGGGAACCAUGAUCAUGCGAGAUCCCAAGAAUGAUUUUAGUACCCAGACAAUUCGCUGCUUACUUCAGGGACAGGAUGACCGGUUCCCAGUCCAUUCGAUUUCACAAUGUGGCGAAGAAACCUAUUCUUGCGUUAAGUUCCAGCGAAGAUCCCAAACCGUUGUUGAAUUUCAAUUCGGAACAUCAGAUACGGCACCAGUUGAAAACUUAUGCGCAGAGAAACGAUUUACUGAUUCUGAAUGGGUCACUCAAGGCCGUAAUCCAUCGCUUCAACUGACACAGAGUGGGGGUUGUCCUAUCGUGGGUGACUAUACUGGCAUUAUUCCCGGCUCAAUCGGGCUCUGCGCCCGAAUUGCUUCCGACUGUAAUAAUCCCGACAUCAUGUUCUAUACGGUCUACAACUGUGACAACGCCACCCACAUUUAUGAGGAACGCGAAUACAAAUGUCUGGGCAGCUGGGAGGAGGAUGACGGAGUCACAUACUCAUUCACGCAUCGCCGAGACGUUCAUGGGUUCCAAUGUUUCUCUGGGAAGAUUUUGCGCUCUGGCGAGGAGGCCUACAUUCGUGAGGCUGGCGAUAGCUGUGGCCGAGGUGAGGAUCCGUCGAUCUUCGGUAUGAAGGUCAUACGCCAGUCGACCUGCACGAAUUUUCCGCCCAAGCCCAGCAACGGUAACAACAAACCAUCGGUCGCCCUCGCGAUUCCACCAACUGGGUCCUCGGUGGCCACCAUGCCAAGACUGCGGCCAGGCAAGCCCGCUGCUCCGCAUCGCCCAGCUCCUCCAUCGCUCAUUCCGUCGUUCCACGAUAACAGCGACCCAUAUUGGUAUCGGCCGGUAUCGACUAAACCCUGGAAGCGGAUUAAGACGCACUCGGCUGACUCGGAUCGCGUUAAUGAGAUUCCAUCAACUGCAAAAUCCAACUCACCCCUUUCGUGGACAUUCAUAUUGACAGUCUGCAUGCUAUUGCAAACUGCAUUAAUAAAAUGACGCGUACCGGAAACUCAGCUCAAUGCUAUCCUCGUUAGAUAAUAUUGAUUGAUUGAUCGAUCGAUCAAACCAUUGAUCUCGAUUAAUUGAUUGUUGCCUUCAGCGAACCACCAGUCAGCCAAUCAUUAACGGUUCUUAGUUCUCCUUCAAGAAACUGGGGCAAUUUUGUACAAAUAGCUAACGAGGACGAUAAUACAAACACAUGCUUCUAUCUGAUACAAUCAUUUGCCAAGCAAGGACUAGCAGCAUCAGAAAUCAGCUAUUGAGAGUGGGGUGCUUUGAUCGAUCCGAAUUGGAAUUAAGCCCAGUAAACGAACAAUUAAUAUUGGCGUGUGAUACCAACUUGAAGAUACGGUGAUGUACGUCUGCACGGAUCGUAUAUAUCGCAUCACGGGUGUCCAUCGAUGUGCGUUCUACAGGCAGAAUGCGCCAAUGAAGAGAAGAAUUAUUCUCAUAUGGUUCCCCCCAUCCCCUCUUCUCCUCCUAGCGACGCCUGGGGAAACAGCAACUUUUGAUCUCCUUGUAAACUAUUCCGAUUGCUGAAACCGGUUGAAGUGAGCGUUCAAUCAACUAUUCAGGGCCAAUCGGUUAUUUUUAGCAAUAGCUUAGUAUAUAAUAAUAUAUUGUACAUACAAAGAUCGUAUACAGAAUAUUACUAGAGGUGGUGAUAAGUAUUACGAAAACCAAGAGGAUCACUGUUAUCGUAGCCAUGUAUGAGGUCAAAAUGAUGUGACUAUAACGUGAUAUUUCAACAAAUUCAUGUAAAAUUUAGUCCUGAACACAUUCGAAUGUAUGAAACAAUUCAGUCUAGAGACGCGUUAAAUCCGAUAUGCGUUUGCCCACACUCACAAACACGAUAAAAAUGGCAAAAAUUACAACCAAUUGCUAAAAUGGCAGAAACACGGUGAGGAGUAAGAGUAAAAAAUGAAAAAAAAAAAAAAAAAAAAAAGUCUAUA